ACUUUCUGCGUAUUCAUCAUAUUAGUUUUCUUAACUUGGCUAAGAGAAAUGGCAAUUAAGCUUGCACUUGUAGUCACACUCUUUCUAAUGUCAUGCGCUGUUUCAAAGGGAAGAUCCCUUGGAUUUUCGACCAAGCAACUUGAUCGUUAUAGUUUUCCUCCUAAUUUCAGUUUUGGUGUUGGUUCUUCAGCUUAUCAGUAUGAAGGUGCAGUCGCAGAAGGAGGGAGGACGCAGAGCAUUUGGGACAACUUCACACAUGCAUAUCCAGAAAGGACGAAUAUGGACAAUGGAGAUAUAGCCGUUGAUUUUUAUCAUCGAUAUAAGGAUGACAUCAAGUUGAUCAAGGAAAUGAAUAUGGAUACUUUUAGAUUUUCCAUCUCUUGGUCAAGAAUUUUACCAAGUGGAAAACUAAGCGAUGGGGUAAAUAACGAAGGAAUUCAAUUCUACAAAAAUUUCAUUGAUGAAAUCCUAAAAAACGGAAUAAAACCUUUUGUAACUAUCUAUCAUUGGGAUAUCCCUCAAGCUCUGGACGAUGAGUACGGUGGAUUUUUAAGCCCUCGAAUCAUUGAUGAUUUCCGGAACUUUGCAAGAGUCUGCUUUCAAGAAUUCGGUGACAAGGUCGAUAUGUGGUUAACGUUCAACGAGCCUUAUAUUUAUAGUGUUGCGGGUUAUGACAAGGGCAAUAAAGCAGUGGGACGAUGCUCAAAAUGGGUAAACAGCUUAUGUGUGGCUGGUGAUUCGAGCACCGAACCUUAUGUAGUCUCUCAUCAUCUUCUUCUAGCUCAUGCUGCAGCUGUUGAAGAGUUUAGAAAUUGUGACAAGAUCUCCCAAGAUGGUAAAAUAGGCAUAGUGUUAUCACCAUUUUGGGUCGAACCUUAUGAUGUUAAUUCCCAUGCUGAUAAAGAAGCAGUUGAACGAGCUCUUGACUACUACCUUGGUUGGCAUCUCGAUCCUCUAAUCUUUGGAGACUAUCCAAAAGCAAUUAAAAGAAACGCUGGAAAAAGAUUGCCUUCGUUCACCAGAAAACAGACUGAAAUGAUAAGAAACUCGUUUGAUUUUAUUGGAAUAAAUUACUACAGUGCUCGAUAUGUCACACGCCAGCUUCAGAGCGACCCUUCACGACUUCGUUUCACCACGGAUCAACAUGUGGAGUACAAAGUGACAAAUCGUGACGGCGACUACAUUUCCUCAGAAUCGGAUGAACUCAAAUUUAUCUAUGUAUAUCCUGAGGGCCUACGAAAGCUUCUAAAUCAUAUUAAAAAUAAAUACAACAACCCAACUAUCUACAUAACUGAAAAUGGAUAUGAUGACUACGAUGUUGGGACAGUCCCACGUGAACAACUAUUAAAAGACACAAAGAGAAUAGAGUACCACGAGAAACAUCUUCAAGAACUACAUAAAGCCAUUACUGAGGAUGGGUGUGACGUUAGAGGCUAUUCCGCAUGGUCGUUGUUGGAUAACUUCGAAUGGGAACAUGGAUACACGAUGAGAUUUGGUCUAUACUACGUUGAUUAUGCAGAUGAUCUAAAACGAUAUGCUAAAGAUUCAGCCAAGUGGUUCAAAAAGUUCCUGGAGAGAAAGGAGCAAGCAACACCUUUGGAUCUGUUCAAUAGCAUCAAGAAAUGGUGGUCUGCUUUGCAGAUGGUCUAACUUCUCUGGAGAAUGAAUCAAAGCAUGAGAAACAAACAACUAGAGUCCUUGUUCUACAGGAAAUUAUAUAUAGAAAUUAGAUAUACAU